GUUAUUGGAUGUAAAGGUUCCCCCCAUGAGAGAUGCCCAGGUCGCCCGCCUGACCGAGCCCACCCUCGCUGGGAUUCCAGGGACCAGAGGCCUCCUGCAAGGCGGAUGGCGACAGCCUGGCCCGUUGGCUCCUGUGCCCACAGCUAGAUCAAGUGGCGCGGCUCAGGCGGCUGGAAGGCGCCCACGGAGAGAAACCGAGCACCAUGUUCAGAAAGCUCCACUCCAUCUUUAACUCGGGCCCGCAGAGGCAGGCAGAGGUGGCGGAGAGCCCUUAUUGCGACCGAGCCUGCCCCGCGGUCAGGCUGAUCCGCAGCAGCUCCAUGUACGUGGUCGGGGACCACGGGGAGAAGUUCAGCGAGUCCUUGAAGAAAUACAAGAGCGCCGGCAGCAUGGACACCAGCCUGUACUGCCUGCAGCAGGAGGGGGACCGGGCGUGGCUGUUCUCGCGCACCCAGGACUGCCUGCAGUACCUGCAGGAGCUGCUGGCCUUGCGCAAAAAAUACCUCAGCGGCCUCGGCGCCCUGGGCGUCUCCUCCACCUCCUCCAAGUCCUCCAGGGGAGGGAAAAAGUCCACGUCCAAAGAAAUAAAGAAAGCAGCCCCGAAGAAGUACUCGCAGUUCAGCGCCGAUGCGGCCGAGGCCAUCGCCUUCUUUGACUCCAUCAUCGCGGAGCUGGACACGGAGAGACGGCCGCGGGCCGUGGAGGCGGACCCGCGGAAUGAAGACGUGGACUUCGAUGUGGCCACCAGCUCCCGGGAGCACAGCCUGCACUCCAACUGGAUCCUGCGAGCCCCGCGCCGCCGCUCCGAGGACCUCGCCGUGUACACGACGGACGGCCAGCUCCGGAGGAACGCAGAAUGCAGGACCGUGGGCACCCAGAGGAGACUCGAGAGGCACCCCAUUUACUUGCCCAAGGCUGUGGAGGGGGCAUUCAACACUUUGAAAUUUAAGCCCAAAGCCUGCAAAAGAGACCUUGGGAGCCGCAGACAGAUCCUCUUCAACUUCUCGAGAGAAGACAUGGACUGGGAUUCGGAGCUGUUUGCGCUGGAGCCCCUGGCGUCUCAAGAGGGGGACUCCUAUGAGACAGAGAACCCCAGAGGGCAGUGGCUGCUUCGAGAGCGACUCUGGGAGCGGACUGCGCCCUGAUUCAGGCUGGGUCCCCGAGAAGGCGCCUGCAGUCAGCGGCUUGAGGUGUCGGUAGAGUUAAAGAUGGAAAUCCUAACAAAGUCAGACCCACGAGUACACUGCCUGCCGGUGCCUGGUCAGUGCCAAACGCACCCGUGGCCUCUGGGGGGCGCCGCACGAGGAGAGCCGUGGAGCCUGGCUUUCCCUGCGCCGGCGUGUUAGCCUGGCAUGACGCCAGGCUGGCCUUCAAGAGCAGAAGCCACAGAAGGGCCAGGCUCCCUCCUCGGCCUCCCCUGGCCUGUCACCGGCUCUCCACGCAUCUGUCCAGGUGGCUGCUAGCAUCGUGCUUGGUACAGGAAACCGGGAAACGUGCCCACCCACGCAUCUCUGGGCCAACGUUUUCACAGAGGCAGCUCCUCCCUCUACGGGGCUCAGAAACCGCUCUGGUCAUACGCUCAGGUUGCCUUCUUUCGUGCAGAAUGCAGUUCAGGAAGCAGCUUUUUUUCACCCUAACCCUGUUUACAGUGUUCUGGAAACGUCUGCUAAAUUAGGCUGAAGAUGAGGCCAAUGCCCUGACAGUGGGCUGGGGGGAGGGGUGUGACAGGGCCAUGCCUGGGGACCACAUUCUCCCCACCGGCCCCCAAAUUCAGCUCCACUUCCUGCAGAUGUGGGCUGGGGAAGGAGGGAGGUGACAGGUGCUUGUCUCCUAAUUCUCACCAGAAAUCCUUGUAGACACCCCUGCAGCGGCUGUAUGCCGGGCUGCGUCCCUCCCUGCGCCCAGUCAGGAGGGCGAGCAGCGCCUUUUGGAGUCGAAGGGAUCUCCGAUUUCCAUAACUGUCCGAAUCAGGGUUACAGAUAUAACUUAUUCUUUGCAUUUCUCACGUAACAUAUUCUUUUUGCACUUUUGCAUAUAGCUGUGACCAUGCAAGUUUGAGCACCACUGGUUUAGAGAAUACACUGCACUUUGUCCAUCCUUACCUAUUUCUGCUGGCAUUUUCUUGUGUUUUUUUUUUUCAGAAGAUGUCACCUGGGGGCAAAGUGCAAGAGCAUUAGUGGGGAUCAGCGCGGGAGACAGACCAGGAAAACCCAGCCAAUCACCCAAAUUAACCCAGGGGUGCUUUAGGCUAAGGUCACCCUGAGAACUGAAUAAAGCGUCCCAUCUGCCAGGCCCAGGGGCUGAUGUUCUUACUGUCCAGGUUUUUUUUUUAAGAAAGAACCUUUUGUUCACGUGAACCUGAUUAUCUGACAUUUGUAACUCCUAUG